AGAGGCCGAGCCGGAGAAGGAGCGGAGGAGGCAAAGAUCAGGAGGAGCCGCCGCGGCGGCAGCAGCAGCAGCCCUGAAAUGUAUUCCCCUCUCCUCCAGCGGCCAUGUUAACCACCAGGAAACCUUCUGCCAGUGCUGCCGGGGCUGCGGGAGCCGGCGGAGCCGCGGCUGCUUCGUGCCCAGGCGGCAGCCGGGGAGGAGGCGACAGCGCCCGCCAGUUCCAGUCUUCCCCGGGGAUCGGGGCCGGAGGGGCCUCCCGGGCGGGCGCGGGGACCGGGCCGCCAUCCCCCAUCGCUUUGCCGCCGCUCAAGCCCAGCAGCGCCGCCCACACGGUUGGUGGAAAUAAGCACACAAUGAAUGAGCACCUACAUGUUGCCAGUCACGGGCAGAUCCAGGUUCAGCAGCUGUUUGAAGACAACAGCAACAAAAGGACUGUUCUGACGACACAACCAAAUGGGCUUACAACAGUAGCGAAGUCGGGAUUGCCGGUGGUGCCAGACAGACAACUGGACAGUGCUCAUAGGCGGCAGGGGAGCUCCAGCUCUUUGAAGUCUACAGAAGGGCCAGGGAAGGUGAAAGCCUCCCCCAUGAUGCCAGAUCAAGCAAUGAAGCAAUACAUGCAAAAACUAACAACCUUCGAGCAUCACGAGAUCUUCAGCUACCCUGAAAUAUAUUUUGUGGGUCCAAAUGCGAAAAAGAGGCAAGGUGUAGUUGGUGGUCCAAACAACGGGGGAUAUGAUGACGACCAGGGAUCUUACGUGCAAGUUCCGCAUGACCAUGUGUCCUACAGAUACGAGGUCCUGAAGGUAAUUGGGAAAGGAAGUUUUGGGCAAGUGGUGAAGGCCUACGAUCACAAGAUGCAUCAGCAUGUGGCCCUGAAGAUGGUGAGGAACGAGAAGCGUUUCCACCGUCAAGCUGCAGAAGAAAUCAGAAUCCUGGAACACCUUAAAAAGCAGGACAAGGAUAACAACAUGAACGUGAUCCACAUGCUGGAAAACUUCACAUUCCGCAACCAUAUCUGUAUGACGUUUGAGUUGCUGAGCAUGAACCUUUACGAGCUCAUCAAGAAAAACAAAUUUCAGGGCUUCAGCCUGCCCUUGGUCCGCAAGUUUGCCCACUCGAUUUUGCAGUGCUUAGAUGCUUUGCACAAAAACAGAAUAAUUCACUGUGACCUUAAACCAGAGAACAUUCUGUUGAAGCAACAGGGUAGGAGUGGCAUUAAAGUGAUUGACUUUGGCUCUAGCUGUUACGAGCACCAGCGUGUCUACACUUACAUCCAGUCACGUUUCUACCGCGCUCCAGAAGUGAUCCUCGGUGCUCGUUACGGGAUGCCCAUAGACAUGUGGAGCCUGGGCUGCAUUCUAGCCGAGCUCCUAACAGGCUAUCCUCUCUUACCAGGGGAGGAUGAAGCGGAUCAGCUGGCUUGUAUGAUAGAACUGCUGGGGAUGCCUUCUCAGAAAUUGCUGGAUUCAUCCAAAAGAGCAAAAAAUUUCGUGAGUUCUAAGGGUUAUCCCCGAUACUGUACCAUUACUACCUUGUCCGAUGGUUCUGUGGUGCUCAACGGUGGCCGUUCCCGGCGGGGCAAAUUGCGUGGCCCUCCAGAGAGCAGAGAGUGGGGGAGUGCAUUGAAGGGAUGUGACGACCCUCUCUUCCUCGACUUCUUGAAACAGUGUUUAGAGUGGGAUCCUACUUUGCGCAUGACGCCUGGUCAGGCUUUGCGGCAUCCCUGGCUAAGGAGACGUUUGCCAAAGCCUCCAACUGGGGAGAAGACAUCAGCAAAAAGAAUAGCAGAAAGCACUGGUGCUAUCACGUCAAUUUCCAAGUUACCUCCUACUUCAAACUCAGCAUCAAAACUGAGAACUAAUCUGGCACAGAUGACUGAUGCCAAUGGGAAUAUUCAGCAAAGGACAGUGUUGCCAAAACUUGUUAGCUGAGUUUGAAUAAUCCGAUGCUGAUAAAUAACAAUAACAAAAAAAAACAUUACGUCACUGAGCCUUACUCACAUGAAAAAGUAGCUCAGAUUUCUAUUUUUAUUUGCUCGGUAACUUCAGACAUUUGUAUUUUUUCAGCACUCACUUUAAAUGUGUAAGAAAAGUUGGUUUUGAUUUUAUAUAUAUAUAUAAAAAUAACAUGGGGACAAUG